AAAGUAUCCCGAUAGUCCCUGAAUGCAGCACUGGGUUUGGGUUACACCUUAAACGCUUGCAAGAUGCUAAAGGAAAAUACGUUAUUUUGGCACCCAUGUGAAGAGCAACGCGUCCCUAAAAACUCCGUAUAACAAAGUUGAGUCAGAAUGGAUGAAGAAGCCAAGAUGCGAACAUGCCAUCUUUUGGACUUGCCCUGGGAGGAUGUCCUGGUUCCACAUAUUUUAUGCUAUUUGCCACUGCAACACCUUGUCAGCCUGCAGAGGGUGAGCAAGCAGUUCCACAGCCUCAUCCAGGUGUAUCUAGCCAACUGCAGGACUUUUGACCUGUCCUCGAUUGGACCAUCCAUUUCCAAGGAAGCGUUCUGCUCCAUGUUGAAGGACAACAAAGUUCUCCACAGCCUGCAUCUUCAGAGCUGUUCAGACUGGGUGACGGACAAGGAGCUGCUGCCAGUUAUCGGCCAGAACCAGCACCUGCAGAGAGUGGACAUGAGCGGGUGCGUUUCGCUCACCCGCCACUCCAUGGUGGCGGUAUCCUUGAGCUGCAUGCACCUCAAGCACCUCGGCCUGGCGCACUGCGAGUGGGUGGACAGCCUGUCCCUGCGCAGCCUGGCGGACCACUGCGGGGGGCUGCAGUCGAUCGACCUCACUGCCUGCCGCCAGCUCAAGGACGACGCCAUCUGCUACCUGGCCAAGAAGUGUUUGAAGUUGAGGUCUCUAUCUUUGGCAGUCAACGCCAACGUCACUGACGAGUCGGUGGAGGAGGUGGCCAAGAACUGCAGGGGCCUGGAGCAUCUGGACCUGACAGGUUGCCUGCGGGUCAGGAACCAGUCCAUCAAGACUCUUGCAGAGUACUGCCCGAAGCUCCAGUCCCUGAAGGUGAAUCACUGCCACAAUGUGACAGAGUCGAGCCUGGAUCCUCUACGCAAGCGCAACGUAGUGAUAGAUGUUGAGCCACCUUUACAGAGGGCUCUGGUGCUUCUUCAGGAUGUGCUGGGUUUUGCUCCUUUUAUCAAUCUGCAGAUAUAGCCAGAAGGCUAUAUCUAUCUGUCAAGUGCACACAGGCUUCCUCAUCAAAGCAGUCACUCUCAGUUGCAUCACAUGUCAAAUGUCAAGAAAAUCCAAGAAGACCUGGAUGUUUUACACUCAAGUUUAAAAAUAAUGUGGGCAAAAAAAACUCACUGGAAUGGGGUCAAAGAUGACAAUAACGUUUACGUCUGAAAAUGACUGAAGAAAGCCAUGUAGUUUUAAGAAUUGCUGCCUCAUGUCUAAAAGAUCUCACUGCACUAUUAGGUAAUCAUUGAGUGUUGUAAUAAUGUGGCUUUAUCUAACUAAAGUAGAGUGUAUUAUUUUUUGUUUUUUAUUGUUUACUUUUGUGUAUAUGACAUUUUAAGAAACAUCUUAUCUUACGUUUCAUUUAGAAACAUUAAAAAUAAUGUUUGAGUUUAAUUAAACAUUUAAUUUUGCAUGUAUGUGCCAGUUAAAAGGACCAAUUCACUCAAAUCGAGCAAAACUAUUUUCUCACUUUUGGUUUUAUGUAUCCAGGAUUUCAUUACCUUCACUACUGGGACCACAAUACAUUGAAGGUGAAUGCAAUUUAGUUUGUGGUGCUGACCGUUUGUCUUACAGAAACAAAGUCCUGGAUCCUCAGAAUAUUCCACUGUCCUCAUGGUUUACCGUCUUUAACUGUUGACUGCAGCUUUGUUGCUCACAGUUACAUUAAAACUAUCUGCAUGGCUAAAAGCCACCAGAGACUAGUGGGAACAUGUUUAGAAUUUUUCUUGUGACGUUGUUGAAGCAAUCCUUUCAUUCAUAUUGCAUAUUUGUAUAGAGUAGUAUUUGUUUGAAAUUGGAAUAUAUUAUGACUGUUUCCAUUAAACAUGAUUACAAAUUAA